CGGGCCCCCAGGCGGGGCGACAGGCAUCGGGCCCCCAGGCGGGGCGACAGGCAUUGGGCCCCCAGGCGGAGCGGCGGGCGCCGGACCCCCAGGCGGAGCGACAGGUCUCGGGCCCUCAGGCGGAGCGACAGGUCUCAGGCCCCCAGGCGGGGCGGCGGGCGCCGGACCCCCAGGCGGAGCGGCGGGCGCCGGACCCCCAGGCGGAGCGACAGGUCUCGGGCCCCCAGGCGAAGCGGCGGGCACCGAGUCACCAGGCACGACAGGGACGGAACCCAGAUGACAGAUGCCGGCAUC